UGUUUAAUUUAUUGUCACUUAGAUACCUACUACUUCUCUCUUCCUCUGGCACUCUGCUCCACUCAGUAAUCUUUCUUUGCUCAGGUGAGGACGAGUGAGAGAUGGCACCUGUUCUGGGAAGCAAUUUAAGGUGCAUUAGAGGGCAAGGCGAGGCGACGCUGAGAGAAGAACGUCACUAUACCCAGACCAGUGUCGAGUAGUGACCAUGGCAGGAUGCUCGAGAUUCCACUUCGUGUUGGUGGUGGCUGUCGCUGCCGCCCUCACGCCCCGCGCAGCAGCAGCAACUGGAGGAUCCACACGUAACUACAUUGACACCAUAAUCAUCAACGCCCUAGAGAACCUCAGGAACCAUAUGGCAGAAGGCUGGCCUGAUCUCGGCGUGCCCCCCCUCGACCCCUUGGACCUGGGCAACAUCAACAUCGACAUCAACAGCGGCAGUAACAGGGUGCAGGGGUCGCUGUCUGAUGUGCGGGUGCUCGGUCUGUCCUCCUUCACCAUCGACAAGGUGCACAGCCAGCUCCUCACCCUCAAAGUGGACCUGGAGCUGGGCAUUCCCCUCCUCGAGAUCAACGGCACCUAUAGCAUCACGGGCAAAGCGGGGAUCCUGCCCAUCUACGGUGACGGCCCCUUCAGGAUGGACGCUUACAACUUCACCCUCAAGGGAAUGAUUGAUCUGGGCACGACUGAGGAAGGAGUGUUUGGAGUGGCGGUGCUGGAUCUGGAUGUAGCCACGCCCAAGAUUGAAAUUAACUUCGAGGACAUAAUGGGUGGCGGGGAGAUGGGAGACUUCGUGAACGGCAUCCUCAACUCAAUGGCUCCCGACUUCCUGCAGUCUCUAGAGAAUCAGUACAUGCCACUGCUGGAGGAGACAAUCAGGCACGAAAUUAACCAGAUUCUCCAUGGAAAUUCCAGCCUCAUCAGAAAGAGGGACGACUCAGUCAACGAUUACUUCGAUCGCGUUUUCGCCAACAUGCGCCUCAGUAUCACAGAAAACGGACAGGACCCUAUUACUCUCCCGGUAGACAGCGAUGACUUCUCUAUUACGCUGUUCAACAAGACUCUGACAGGCGAGGUAAAGGUGGGACCUGGCAAGCUGUCUGGGCUGUCCACCGUCCACCGCGCGGGGGACAUGACUCUCCUGUACGUGGGGGAGCAAGACGAGGCGGUGUGGCAGGGCGAAGUGGGCCUGACUGACUUGCAGGUGGACUACAGGUUGCGCCUCUCGCUGCCACUGCUGGGGAAGGACCUGAGCUUCUCCGCCAAGAUGUCCUUCAUACACCUGAGCUUCGAGACGGACGUGUUCCUGCACCAGUCUGACAUUACUUUCGCCUACUGCAACGUGACGGAGAUUGGGCCCGUGCACUUCAAGGAGACAGGGACGGGACCGCUGGACACCUCCCUCUACAACCUGGUGAUCAACGUCCUCCUCGGGGAGAUGCAGGGUGUCGUAGCCACCACCGUGCAGGAAGUGGUGUGUGCCUUGCUGGAGGGCGCCUUUGCCUCGGGAUAGCGGCGGCAGCUUCCCUCACUCCUGUCUGCUGGUGGCGCGCCGGCAACACACGUCUUGUUACCUCCUGCGUGUGUCAUUUAGGAAGGUUAUGCUCAGAUGGGAUGAAGUGAUUAAUAAAAGCCUUCAGUGGUCA